GCAACGCCAUCUCAACCGCCUCGUCGGACGACUUUCUCCCUUAGGCUCACCGUAUUACCUGCAUCCUUCACGCUCCUUGCAUAACGCUCAGUUCUACGCUUAACAAAAUGAAGUUCUUCGCCGUUGCUGCAGCUCUCGUCUCUGUUGUGCCUGCCAUGGCUCAGCAGUUGACCAUCAACACAGCUACUGGGAUCGUUCAGUGCCAGCCUAUUCAGUUUACCUGGUCCGGAGGAACUCCUCCCUACUUCUUGGCCCUCAUUCCUGCUGCACAACCCGCCGCUCCUGCCAUCAAGCAAUUCCCCACCCAGGAGGGAACUUCCUUCACUUGGAAUGUCGAUCUCCCCUCCGGCAGCACUUUCACUGUUUCUUUGAAGGACAGCAGUGGAGCAACCGCCUUCUCUGACAUCGAGACUGUCAACUCUGGUCCCGACGACAGUUGCUUGAACAACUCUGCUUCAUUGUCCGAGACUGGUUCUUCUGGUCCUGCUGCUACUAGCGGGUACUGCUAGUCAACCUGCAUCGCUUCCCGCAGCCACCACCUCUGCUGGUGGAAGCACUGGCUCCUCUGCUCCCGCUUCGAAACCUGCCUCCACUGGAUCUUCUUCCACCUCAGCCUCCAGGACUUCUUCAUCCGGCGCGGCUGCCACUGGUGGUGCUGACAAUAGCGGUGCAUUGGCUAUCACAGCCAACACCUUCGGUAUCGCCGGACUCAUGGGUCUCAUCGGUGCUGCUUUGUUCUGAGCAUAGACUGUGACUGGCUUGACGUUAGUCACUUGCGUUAUGUCGCUCUUUCUACAUCACUCCUCUACGGACCUUAGUUUGGGAUAGUAGCCCUGUCUUGUGACCUUCGGACAGACACAUAGUACACAAAUUGUUUUAGUCUUUCUCAUGAUUCUGUCGAGACGUGCAUACAUGAUAGACGAGCCCAAUGUAUGUAUGUUAUUGACUUUUUACCUCACCUUCACUAUUGCAUUUCCACGCGUGUCCCCAGUAAGCAGGAAUUUGAAGCGAGCCAUUUGUUUGUC